AUGCCGACUGCCAGGCCGAAAACCUCCUUUGCCGGUGUCCACCAUGUUCUCCGGUCUGCUGGCCUGCCUAAUAACCCCUCACAAGAAGAAAUGAACUUGCUCGUGCUUUGGGAUCUUACCGAGCUCCGCGAUAACUUGCAGCUUGAGUAUAAUGCUCAGCUAGCCCGUGUGGCCCCUCGCCCUUUGUCGCCACGGUUUGUGAGACUCCUCCGUGAUCUUUUCAGGAAGAUCGAGGUUGCGUUGGAGGAUGAUGAUGGGUAA